CUCUUCUGACAUGUUCCUUCACAGUCAUGGUUUCCACUGAAAUCACAGAUGGAAAAGGCUCCAAGGUCCAGCCGUGCACUGUGGUGGUGACUGUGCUGCCCCGCUACCAUGGAAAUGACUGUCUGGCCGAGGACCUGUAUAAUUCCAGCCUGAAAAACCUGUCUACCCUCCAGCUGAUGGGGAGUUACACAGAAAUCAGGAACUACAUCACUGUGAUCACCAGAAUCCUGAGUCGUUUGUCUAAGGAGGACAAAACUGCCUCCUGCCACCAAUGGUCACGAAUACAGGAUGCAUUAAUUUCUUCAGUAUGCAAAUUAGCUUUUGUAGAUCAGGAAGAAAUGAUUGGUUCUGUUCUUAUGUUGAGGGACCUCGUGAGCUUCUCUAAUAAGCUAAGCUUUAUGAGUGCAGUUCUCAUCUUCAAAUAUACCCGGGCGCUCCUUGCUCAGGGCCAGUCCUCAGGGCCAUUUGUGGUUGACAAAGGAGUGAGGCUUGAACUCAUCGGUCUCAUAUGUAGAAUCUGGGAAGUCUCUGAGCAAGGAAACUCGAAGGAGGAAGGCUAUCUACAUGAAGAAGGAAUUACGGUUAUCUCAGAUUUAUUGUUGGGUUGUCUCCCUUUGAACCACGUUAGCACUGGGCAGAUGGAGUUCCGGACGCUUUUUCAUUACAACCUUCAGAGCUCUGUCCAGAGCCUGGGAUCUGUCCAGGUGCAUUUACCUGGUGACCUUGCUGGGCACAAUCCUGCUGGGGCGGAGACACAGAGCCCAUGCUACAUUAGCCAGCUCAUACUCUUCAAGAAGAACCCAUAUCCAGGGGGCCAAGCUCCUGGGCAGAUUGGUGGAGUUGUGGGCCUCAACCUCUAUACCUGCUCCAGCAGAAGACCCAUCAACUGGCAGUGGCUAAGGAAACCCGUGAUGGUCGAGUUUGGGGAGGAAGAUGGCCUGGAUAAUAGGAGAAAUAAAACAGCAUUUGUAUUGCUUCGGGAUAAAGUGAAUCUCCAUCAGUUCACUGAGCUUUCUGAAAACCCACAGGAAUCUCUACGGAUAGAAAUUGAAUUUUCCAAACCUGGUACAAGGGCAUUUCCGGUCAUGUUGCUAGUAAGGUUCUCUGAGAAACCUACUCCCUCUGAUUUUCUUGUGAAGCAGAUCUACUUCUGGGAUGAGUCAAUUGUGCAGAUUUAUAUACCUGCUGCUUCUCAGAAAGAUGUCAAUGUAGGCUAUUUAUCCUUAUUGGAUGCUGAUUAUGACAGAAAACCUCCAAACAAAUAUUUAGCGAAGGCAGUGAACUAUACGGUACAUUUCCAGUGGAUCCGAUGCCUGUUUUGGGACAAGAGAGAGUGGAAAUCUGAACGUUUCUCUCCACAACCAGGAACUUCUCCUGAAAAAGUGACCUGCAGCUACGAUCGCCUUGCGGCAUUUGGUCUCCUAAGGAGGAAGCUGAAGGCCAGUUUUGAAGUGAGUGACAUUUCCAAGUUACAGAGCCACCCAGAAAACUUGCUUCCCAGUAUUUUUAUUAUGGGUUCUCUGAUUCUUUAUGGAUUUUUGGUUGCUAAAAGCAGACAAGUAGAUCAUCAUGAAAAAAAGAAAUCUGGUUACAUCUUUCUGCAAGAAGCCCCCUUGCCAGGCCACCAGCUGUAUGCGGUCGUCAUUGACACCGGCUUCCGAGCUCCGGCCAGGUUGACCUCAAAGGUGUACAUUGUUUUAUGUGGUGACAACGGAUUGUCAGAAACCAAGGAGCUCUCCUGUCCAGAGAAGCCCCUGUUUGAAAGGAAUUCCAGACACACCUUUAUCCUGAGGUAUUCCAAAAUAUUUCACUGCUAGAUUUGGAUAAGAGAGGCCAAUCAGAAUUAGUGCAGCCUUAUCACAAAUACAAAACAGACUACAUAACAUUGGUCUCUAAUAGUGAGCAUCAAUUUAUAUACAAACAAUUUUAUGAUGUAUUUUUACAGUUUGUUAUUCUGAGUAGAUUAAACAAUAGGUUUAUGCGAGGCAAGGAAGGAAGGAGGGUGGGGGAAGAAGACUUACUGAUUUUACAUGUUAGUAAAGUUCAUAAUCAGUGUUUUCUAUGACACUAAACCUUCUGACCUUAAUUAGGUUUGUCCCCAGUUUGGAAGAGCGAGGACACGUGGUGUCACAAAGAUGGUGGGGUUGGAGAAAGAGGGAGUUUAACAAGAUAGGAUGCAAGCACCUGGCAAUUUAGAAAAUUUGAAAGGACAUAUUUAGAAAAUAUGAAAGGACUGAACUAAAUUAUUUUUUCUCCUGGUAAAUUUCAUGCAUGAUAUUUAUUGGUUUGGAGUAUUAUGUCUUCAUUAAGAGAGAAAAGGUUAACUUUAAUCCACACCAGAGACAAACAGAUGAACGAGAUUUGUGUGACUUUGGUUUGGGAAAGCUGGUGGAUAUUGAAGGCCUGAGUGCAGGGUCACUGUGCGUGGUGGGAUCUCCCAUCCUCUGGUCGGGUUCCAGGGGGCUUCACAUGUCACUCUGCAUGUCAGUCACCUUUGACAUGUCCCAUCCCCCCUCUGUGGGCCAUCAGUGCCUUGAGGGUGAGCACUGGGGCUGAUGGGAUGCCAGGACCACACUGUCACCCUCCCAGCUGAUGAGACGCUGCUGUGUGUGCCUCCAGCACUCCUGCCCAGCUGGGCCUGCUGAGGAAGAUCUGCCUCUGGCACGACAGCCGUGGGCCUUCCCCAGGCUGGUUCAUCAGCCACGUGAUAGUGAAGGAGCUGCGCACAGGACAGGGCUGGUUCUUCCCUGCCCAGUGCUGGCUGUCUGCCGGCAGGCAUGAUGGUCGCGUGGAGCGGGAGCUCACCUGUCUGCAAGGGGGACUCGGCUUCCGGAAGCUCUUCUAUUGCAAGUUCACAGAGUACCUGGAGGAUUUCCACAUCUGGCUGUCGGUGUACAGCAGGCCCUCCUCCAGCCGCUACCUGCACACACCACGCCUCACCGUGUCAUUCACCCUGCUGUGCGUCUACGCGUGUCUCACUGCCCUGGUCGCUGCUGGAGGGCAAGAGCAGGUGAGGGCCGUCGCUUUUCCUUACAGCAGCUUCCAGAUCCCAGACUACACUGUGGCCCCUUUUUGCCUAAGAAAUCAACAAAGCUCACAGUCCUCUGAGAAAAGUGUAAACCAGGGGAAGCAAGCCUGGCUGCCUGGGGACCGGAGAAGGAGCAGGAGGGCUCUGCCCGGUGUGGCACUGGGUGGGCCUGCACAGCCCUGACUC